GUCUAAUCCUUGUCUGAGCAUACGUCUACACGUCUAUGAGGCUGCCCCGAUUCUUGACAUGAUACAUGGCCAUGACCGGUGCGAUGCUGGCACGUCGAUACGUCGAUACGUCGAGAGUGGUACCAAGGCACCCCGAUCACCCACGUGCGCUAGCUGGACAUGGAGAUGGAGAUUUCCUCAUCGUCCUGGCCAUCAUCGUGUCCAGCGGCGCGGGGUACGUUGCGGCCGUGCUUCGCAUAUACACUACUAUGUGCAGUCUGGGAUUGGGCUUGCAGCUGCUUUAGCUGUAUAGCAGCGUCAACGAGAACGGCGCAGAGACUUCCGGCGGAAUUCCACCGUGUUUACACAAAUAACUCCUACCGGCAUCUAGCUCUAGCUGUCUAUGAUACAAUCUGCCCGCUUCUCUGA